CCUCCCUUUCCUUUGUUGGUCUAAUAAGCAAGGUGUGUGCCAACAGAUUUUAUAAGCACCUGAGAACAGCAAUGACAAGUAGCCACUGAGUUCACAGAAGUACAGGUGGUUUCGACAUUUCCCCAAGGAGUUAGCCAGGAGGGCCAUCAUGACAGGUCCACUUCAGAUGGAGGAGAAGAGUGAGGAGGACCAUCGGGCUUUGCUCAACCAAGGAGAGGAGAAUGAACUGGAAGUGUUUGGUUACCACACCCAGCAUCUUCGGAGAGCCCUGUGCCUUAUCACAUCUGUGCUGACUGGUGGUGUCCUUCAGCUACUCUUUUAUUGGAGGCCAGAGUGGAGGGUGUGGGCCAACUGUACCCCAUGCCCUUUGCAAGAAGCAGACACCAUUUUGCUGAGGACAACAGAUGAAUUUCAAAGAUAUAUGAGGAAGAAGGUACUCUGCUUCCACUUAUCUACCCUGAAGUUUCCCAUAAGAAAGAACCCAGAAGACCCCCUGGUGGCUGACCACCACUCUGUCAUAAACCAAGCAGUAAUGAAGCCGGAUUUAAAACUGCGAUGCAUUCAAGUGCAGAAAAUCAGGUAUGUUUGGGAUUACUUGGAGAAACGGUUCCAGAAAGUUGGGUUGCUGGAAGACAGCAACUCCUGCUACGACAUCCAUCAUACGUUUGGAUUGGGUCUGACCAGUGAAGAGCAGGAAAUCAGAAGAUUAGUGUGUGGGCCCAAUGCCAUUGAGGUUGAAAUCCAACCCAUAUGGAAGCUGCUUGUUAAACAGGUUUUAAAUCCUUUCUAUGUGUUCCAAGCCUUCACCCUAACUUUGUGGCUGUCUCAAGGUUAUAUAGAAUACUCUGUGGCUAUCAUCAUUUUGACCAUUAUCUCCAUCGUCUUAAGUGUGUAUGAUUUGCGACAGCAAUCAGUGAAGCUGCACAAUCUCGUGGAGGAUCACAACAAAGUCCGGGUUACAAUCCUUGUAAAAGACAAAGGUUUACAGGAGCUGGAAUCCCGCCUCCUGGUUCCCGGAGAUACACUCAUUCUUCCAGGAAAAUUAUCAUUGCCAUGUGAUGCUGUUCUGAUCGAUGGGAGCUGUGUGGUGAAUGAGGGCAUGCUCACAGGAGAAAGUAUACCUGUCACAAAGACACCACUGCCCGAAACGGAGAACACCAUGCCUUGGAAAUGCCACAGCUUGGAGGACUAUCGGAAACAUGUGCUCUUCUGUGGGACAGAAGUUAUCCAGGUCAAGCCCUCUGGGCAGGGACCCAUAAGAGCAGUAGUUUUGCAGACAGGUUACAAUACAGCAAAAGGGGAUUUGGUGAGAUCCAUCCUCUACCCCCGGCCUCUGAACUUCAAACUAUACAGUGAUGCCUUCAAGUUCAUCGUGUUCCUGGCUUGUCUUGGGGUUGUAGGUUUUUUCUAUGCCCUAGGAGUAUAUAUGUACCAUGAAGUCUCCCCGAGAGACACUGCGACCAUGGCCCUAAUCCUCCUCACAGUGACUGUCCCUCCCGUGCUGCCAGCUGCCCUGACCAUAGGCAUCGUGUAUGCCCAGAAGAGGCUGAAGAAAAAGAAAAUCUUCUGCAUCUCUCCACAGCGAAUCAACAUGUGUGGGCAAAUAAACCUUGUGUGUUUUGACAAAACAGGGACUCUUACAGAAGAUGGACUGGACCUCUGGGGGACUGUCCCUACUGCCAACAACUGUUUUCAGAAAGUUCACAGCUUUGCCUCAGGCAAGGCAUUGCCAUGGGGCCCUCUGUGUGCAGCCAUGGCCAGCUGCCACUCUUUGAUCCUUCUUGAUGGGACCAUCCAGGGAGACCCUCUGGACCUCAAAAUGUUUGAAAGCACUGCCUGGAAAAUGGAAGAUUGCGAUGUGAACUCCUACAAAUUUGGCAUGUCAGACUCAAACACAAUAAUAAAACCUGGACCGGAAGCCAGUCGGAGCCCUGUAGAAGCCAUUGCCAUCUUGCGCCAGUUUCCCUUUUCAUCAAGCCUGCAGAGGAUGUCUGUGAUUGCUCAGCUGGCCGGGGAGGAUCACUUCCGUGUCUACAUGAAGGGUGCCCCAGAGAUGGUGGCCAGGUUCUGCAGACCCGAAACAGUACCCAAGAAUUUCCCACAGGAGCUGAGGAAUUACACAGUGCAAGGCUUCCGUGUCAUUGCCCUUGCCCACAAAGCUCUGAAGUUGGGGAAGUUCUCAGAUGUGGAGCGUUUAGCAAGGGAGAAAGUGGAGUCAGAGUUAACACUUCUGGGACUUCUCAUAAUGGAGAAUCGCUUGAAAAAGGAAACCAAACCAGUCUUAAAGGAGCUGAGCGAGGCCCGCAUCAGGACUGUGAUGAUUACGGGUGACAAUCUUCAAACAGCUAUUACUGUUGCAAAGAAUUCUGAAAUGAUUUCUCCAAGCAGCCAGGUGAUCAUUGUUGAAGCCAGUGAACCAGAAGAGCAUAUUCCUGCUUCUGUGACCUGGCAGCUGGUUGAGAACCAAGAGAUGGGACCUGGGAAGAAAGAAGCCUGUGUUAAUAUUGGAAGCAGUUCCGGGUCUGAUGGGGAAACAGGGAGCAGUUACCAUUUUGCAAUGAGUGGGAAAUCAUACCAAGUGAUAUUUCAGCAUUUCAACAGCUUGCUUCCAAAAAUUCUGGUGAAUGGAACCAUUUUUGCAAGAAUGUCUCCUGGGCAGAAAUCAAGCCUUGUUGAAGAAUUUCAGAAAUUAAAUUACUAUGUGGGCAUGUGUGGAGACGGAGCCAACGACUGUGGAGCUUUGAAAAUGGCUCAUGCGGGCAUCUCGCUGUCAGAGCAGGAAGCAUCAGUGGCAUCCCCCUUCACCUCGAAAAUAGCCAACAUCGAGUGUGUGCCUCAUCUCAUCAGAGAAGGCCGAGCUGCUCUGGUUUCAUCCUUUGGAGUAUUUAAAUACUUGACCAUGUAUGGCAUAAUCCAGUUUAUUGGAACGUCACUGCUGUAUUGGCAGCUACAACUCUUUGGGAAUUACCAGUAUCUCAUGCAGGACAUAGCCAUUACUUUGAUGGUCUGUUUAACAAUGAGUUCAACUCAUGCCUACCCAAAGCUGGCUCCGUAUCGACCAGCGGGACAGCUCCUCUCUCCCCCUUUGCUGCUCUCUGUCUUCUUGAAUUCCUGUUUCACUUGCAUUGUACAGAUCUGUGCAUUUCUCCAUGUGAAGCAACAGCCUUGGUAUUGUGAGGUCUACCGAGACAGUGAGUGCUUUCUGGCCAACCAAAGUAAUUUCUCAUCCAAUGUGAGUUUGGAAAGAAACUGGACUGGAAAUGCAACUCUGGUUCCUGGUUCAAUUUUAAGUUUUGAGAGUACUACACUGUGGCCCAUCACCACCAUCAACUGUAUCACAGUAGCAUUCAUCUUUUCUAAGGGAAAGCCAUUUCGAAAACCUAUCUACACAAACUAUAUAUUUUCAUUUUUGCUGAUAUCUGCCUUGGGCCUCACGAUUUUCAUUCUGUUUUCUGAUUUUCAAGACAUAUAUCAUGGAAUGGAGUUCAUCCCAACCGUAACAUCAUGGAGAGUUUCAAUUUUGGUAGCAGCUCUUACCCAGUUCUGUGUUGCCUUCUUUGUAGAGGAUGCCAUCCUUCAAAAUCGAGAGUUCUGGCUGUUGAUCAAGAAUGAAUUUGGAUUCAACUCUAAGAGUCAAUAUCGGAUCUGGCAAAAAAAGCUGGCAGAAGACUCUACCUGGCCCCCCAUAAACAGGACAGAUUAUGCAGGUGAUGGUAAAAAUGGAUUCUACAUCAACAAAGGCUAUGAAAACCAUGAACUGGUCUCAAAAGAAAAACUCAAAUCAGGGGACCAAAUCAAGGAACAGCAUUUUUGGACCAGACUGUAAUUGGAAUUGUUGUACAUGUUGAGCAGCAUCACCCUCCUCCAAACACAUUGUGGAAGGUGAAAAGAGGGUCCCCUUAUCUUUUUUCUCUCCAUCCGAGCAUUCAAAGCACUUUCCUUAAUGCAUUUAGCCUUGCAACAAAGACCUUGAACUUAUCUAUUUUUAUUAUAUCCUUUCCAAUUGGGAGAAAAAAUGCAUUUCUUGGAUUAUCAUUUUAAUAUGCUUUAUUCAUAUUAUAUUGUUUAAAUGCACAACUCUUAGGAUAAUGAAAUUAGAAGUAUGAAUGACAACAGAAGAAAGAAAAACUGAGGAAAUAUUUGGUCUUUGAAAGUUUUACCAAUAAGUUAAUUGUCAUAAGUUUCUUUAAAUCUUACAUUUGUAAAGAACAUAUAUGUACAUAUCUUUUUACAAGGUAACUAAAUUCUUUCUUUUUGCUUCAUUGUAUGGUUUUAAUAGAAAUAAAUAUUAACAUUUACUUCAGAAAAUUCAUCCCUAACUAUAUAGUAAGCCAAAGUCAGGUGGAAGUGGAGAAUGGCAGAGAUUUGUGUUAAUUGCAUAUAAUCUUAGCACAGGCAUAGCUAAUACCUAAGCAAACUCCACCAAAGUUUGGCAAUUCCCAAAGUAGUGAGCUAGGAGGUCCCUGGUAAAUCUCAAAGGUAAUGGAAUGAAUGUUUAAAAUGUGCUUUUCACCUCAAAAAGUCUGGUGCCUUGAUUUAUUCUGUACACUGACACACCCAAACUUCAAGUUCUAAGUCAAAAAAACAGGUCAAAAAAAAAAUACACACACACACACACACACACACACACACACACUUCAGAGGAGGAAAUUUAUUUUGGGUGAAUGUUUGAAAUUACCUAGUAGGUUUUCCUUAGAAUUUAAAGCUAACUGCUGGUUAACUAAAACCAGUCCAUCCCAUAAUUGUCAGAUGUGUGCCUAAUAUCAUGAUAUAUGGACUCAAUGUGAGAAAGCCUUAAGUUUACAAUCUGUAAUAUUUAGGACUGACAAAUUUUUUCAACAUUUUAGCAAUAUACUCCUGUAAAUAGCAUU